CGCAUCAGACCGUUGUGAAAUAGAGAGAGAGACCAUAGAGAUGUUGUGAGCCAGAGAGCACGAGUAUCAUCCCAGCGGCAAGGCAGUAUCAUCCCAGCGGCAAGGCAGUAUAUUCCCAGCGGCAAGGUCGCUGAGAAGAGGGAACACAGUGAUCCAGGACCUGAGAGUCUAUCUGUCUGUGUCUGUCUGUCUGUCUGUCUGUCUGUGUGUGUGUCUGAGUCUCUGAGAGUCUCUCUGUCUGUUUGUGUCUGAGUCUCUGAGAGUGUCUGUCUGUUUGUGUCUGAGUCUCUGAGAGAGUGUCUGUUUGUGUGUGUGUCUUUGAGUGUGUGUCUUGUUGUUGCUGCGUCUGUGUGAGUGAGGAUGAGGUCAUCAGGACUACUACUGUGUGUACUGGCUGUAGCGACGGUGUCCUCCUUCCGGUUCCCCCGUGACACGUCAUCUCAGAGCCCCAGGGUCAUUACGGAGGAGACCAACCCCACCCACCUUCUCCUGGACACUCUGAACACCAACAGCUCCCUCCCUGUCCCCCCUCUCCCUCCCGCCUUCCGACCACGCCCACCAGGCCCCUACCCCCCCAUGUGUAUCAAGCCCACAGAGAUUAAACAAGCUUUUAAGUAUGUGAACACGGUGGUGAGCUGUGUGAUCUUGGUGGUGGGGAUGAUCGGUAACUCCACCUUAUUAAGGAUCAUCUAUAAGAACAAGUGUAUGAGAAACGGACCCAACGUUCUGAUUGGCUCUCUUGCCUUGGGGGAUCUUCUCUACAUCCUCAUCGCUAUCCCCAUCAACGUCUUCAAGCUGAUAGCAGAGGACUGGCCGUUUGGUGUUCAUGUAUGCAAGUUGAUGCCAUUUAUCCAGAAGGCUUCAGUAGGAAUCACUGUCCUCAGCCUGUGUGCCCUGAGCAUCGACAGGUACCAUGCGGUGACGUCGUGGAGUAGGGUGAAGAGGAUAGGGAUCCCUCUGUGGAAGGCUAUGCAGGUCACAGUCAUAUGGCUGGUUGCUGUCCUGCUGGCUGUUCCUGAGGCUGUGGCCUUUGACAUGAUGGAGAUGCCUUACAGAGGCAGCAAGCUACGAGUCUGUCUGUUACACCCCCAACAGAAAACUGCUUUUAUGAAGUUCUACCAGGAUGUGAAGGACUGGUGGUUGCUAGGGUUUUAUUUCUGUCUUCCUCUGGCCUGCACCGGCGUCUUCUACACCCUGAUGUCCUGGGAGAUGUUGAGCAGGAAGAAAGGCAUGAGGAUCGCUCUCAACGACCACAUGAAACAGCGCCGCGAGGUGGCUAAGACAGUCUUCUGCUUGGUGGUGAUCUUUGCACUGUGCUGGCUACCGCUCCAUCUCAGCCGCAUCCUGAAGAAAACGAUCUAUGAUCAGAACGACCCCAACCGCUGUGAACUACUCAGUUUCCUGCUAGUGAUGGAUUAUAUCGGUAUCAACAUGGCAUCUCUCAACUCCUGUAUCAACCCUGUCGCUCUCUACUUCGUCAGCCAGAAGUUCAAAAACUGUUUCAAGUCUUGUCUGUGCUGCUGGUGUACAAGGAGCAGGAAUGUGAUUCCAGAGAGAGACGGUGUCCGCUGGAAGGGAAGCUGUCAUGGCAAUGAACUCGACAGAACAAGCUCUCGUUCCAGUCAGAAAUACACCUCCACUUAAACACACACACACACACACACACACACACACACACACACACACACACACACACACACACACACACACACACACACACACACACACACACACACACACACACACACACACACACACACAUGUACAUUCAUGCAUGAACACACACUAGCCCUUCCCUCCUGUCCAGUCCAGCUAAACCCAACCUAACCCAGCCCCAUCCCCUCUCCUUCUAAACCCAACCUAACCCAGCCCCAUCCCCUCUCCUUCUAAACCCAACCUAACCCAGCCCCAUCCCCUCUCCU